AUGCCCACCAGGAGCACUACUACACUAUCCUACCUCCACAAGAAUCGCAGUGGGGAAAUGACCUGCGUCUCAAUGAAGAGCGAAGAAUCACUAAAACCAGUCACCGAGAGAGACCUAGAUGAUUUCUGCUAUCGCAUUGACAGGUGCAUAGACCAUUCAGAUACUACCCAGUCCAGUGAGAUUGUGGUUUGGAACUUCAAGAGUGGCAGAAUGUUAUCUGAACAACAGGCUGAAGGAUUUCACAACCUGCUCUUGGCCAAUGAGGAUGUGGAAUCUCAUUGUCUCUGCACGUCUAGAGAUCCCAUGCUUGCCUUCCAUAUGAGGCAGAUGGUGAUCAAAACAAUCCACAACACACAGAUCAUUCUCUUGUUGGCCUGUGGGCACUCACAGUUUUUUGAUUUCCCUUGUUGUGCGAAGCCGAAGUCAGUGGCCGUGCCAGUUACGACUCCAGUUACGGACGAGGAUGUAGGUGUGGUUGUCAAGGCUCCAGAGAAGCAAGAGAAGGAACUUCAUGCAGAGAAAGAAGAAGGCAAAGAUCCCCAGGGCAAGGAGCCUCGAGUGGGCCAGAGGAAUCCGCCCAAGGUCUGGACCAGGAAGAGCAAAGAUCCUCCUGGGAACCUCGAAGCUCUCAAUGCCAAGCCUGCUGUGAAGAUUGUAACCUUUGACCUGCCACAGUACAAGUCCAUUGGAUCUGAUCUCAGUGCUGGCUCUGGCUUUACUUUUGAGACUUUUGAAGAUUAG